CACCACUUUUUCCUACAAAUCGAAAAUAGACUCAACUUCUAUCCACAAAAGUUAAAUACUUUCUACUACUGUCACCCCAAGGGUCAAAUGUGUCUGAGAAUAUUUCGUAUUUUCCACCUCAUGCAUAGUUUACGCAUCAAAUUCUCACAAGCAUUAGCAAGCAGUCUUAGUAUCGACCAGAUAGUCAACCUCCACAAAUUAAAUAUCAACUAAAUUAAUUAUGACGGUAAUUGCAGCAAUAUUAUCACUCAUUUUGUUACCCUCUACGUCCGGCGCAACCAUGGAGGAUGUCAACGGAAUUUUCGACUUUAUUAGGCAAGAUAGCGACAACGUUGCAAACAACCUGGGUCCAGCGUUGCAAGAACUUCGCGACCUCUUCCACACCAUGCCAACCACGGAAGACGGAUUGUGGCAUCAUCUCAACAAAAUCAUCCACUUCCAACCCUACCUUUCGGUACAUGAUAAGAGAAUUUUUCAAAAUAUUAUUGACCAGUUGAUUUCUGAAGUAGUGAGGCGAAUUAUACAAUUGUCGUACAUGCCGCUGUCGGUGGAACAUGAAAAAGAAGAAGAACCUGUCCAUAUCGCAUCUUUUCUGGAAACUAAAUAUUCGCAAUACGUGGCCCCGUCAAUGCGAAGUGUGAAAAAUAGUAUUGACUCGUUUGAUUGGAGUAAUUUGAUUGGAAAAACUAAAAAUUAUUUCGGUCUGUUACGAAAUAAUGAAAAGAAGGAUGAACACUGAGGGUUCUAUGUAGGGAAUACUUCCAACAUUACUUUGCAAAUAUUGAAAAAUAAAGCAUACAAUUUACAAUC